AGAACCGAGCGGCGUCUCCCCGCCCACUGCCUGCCCCGCGCUCCGAAACGCGCCAUGCUGGCCCUGCGCAGCCGCCUGACCCGAGCGCUGGCCCCGCGGACGCUCGCGCCUCAGGUAUGUUCAUCUUUUGCUACAGGUCCUAGACAAAACGAUGGAACAUUCUAUGAAUUUCGUACCUAUUUUCUUAAGCCCUCAAAGAUGAAUGAGUUUCUGGAAAACUUUACAAAAAAUGUUCAUCUUCGGACAGCUCACUCUGAAUUAGUUGGAUACUGGAGUGUGGAAUUCGGUGGCAGAAUGAACAAAGUGUUUCAUAUUUGGAAAUAUGAUAAUUUUGCUCAUCGAACUGCAGUUCGCAAAGCCUUGGCUAAAGAUAAGGAAUGGCAAGAAAAAUUCCUCAUUCCAAAUCUGGCUCUCAUUGAUAAACAGGAGAGUGAGAUUACUUACUUGGUACCGUGGUGCCAACUAGAAAAGCCUCCCAAAGAAGGAGUCUAUGAAUUGGCCACUUUUCGGAUGAAACCUGGGGGCCCAGCUCUGUGGGGUGAUGCAUUUAAAAGGGCAAUUAAUGCCCAUGUUGGUCUUGGCUACACUAAGCUGGUUGGUGUUUUCCACACAGAAUAUGGAGCACUCAACCGAGUGCAUGUUCUUUGGUGGAAUGAGAGUGCAGACAGUCGUGCAGCUGGGAGACAUCAGUCUCAUGAGGAUCCGAGAGUUGUGGCUGCUGUUCGGGAAAGUGUCAACUAUCUAGAAACUCAGGAGAAUAUGCUUCUGAUUCCAGCAUCAUUUUCACCACUGAAGUAGUUUCUACUGAUAUAUCAAGCAUUUUGUUAACUGAUGUAAGAUGUGUCUGCUAAUGGUGCUUUAAAUUCUCUCAAGAGAACUAUUCAUUUAUUUGAAGGAGGGGUAAGUUGAUUCACUGUGUCCUUUUUAAAGCCAUCUCUAUAAUUGCUACCACAUCAGGAAAUAAAUAAAUAAAUGAAUAAAAACAAAUAUUUGUAAAAAAAAUCAGAA